UGACGUAUCCAGCCUGCAUAUGCGACCUCCGGAGGAUGCGGCCUUCUGUGACCGUCGGACUCUUAAAAAUGUAACACAUUACUGGUCCGUUGCACAAAUAUGUCCGUCUGAAGAGACUGUGCAGAAUUAAUCUGACGGUCAGUCAGUUUCAUGCGCUUAUUUUACUGAUUAAAAUGGCCUCGACUCCAUCGCCGCACAACCGGAGCAGAAGCGAGGAUGAAGAUGAUCCAGUGGAUCAAAUGAUCGCCCGGACCGGCUGCGCAGAGCUGCAUUACUCGCUGCAGGAGUGCAUGGCAGAGAAACAGGACUGGAGGAAAUGUCAGACUCUGGUUCAGAGGUUUAAAGAGUGCAUGUCCACCUACCAAAACACUCGCAAAGAGCAGCUGCUUAAACAGAGAGCCUCAAACUCACAAUCUGCCUGAUGCACAGACUUCUGUACAAUACAUUUGUAAAGGACAUCACUAAUAUCUCA